UAAUACUAAAGGGACAUGCUCACAUACUUUUCUGUGACGAGCUGCACACUAUUACAAGUAGAUGAUAUGCAAAAAAGAACCUUUAUAUAUUUAUUUUUUAAAAUUUUCUUAUGCUUGCAGGUUAUUAUGCAUUUGCAAAGGCAAUUUAAAGCAUUAAAAUCAUUUGGUAUAAUAAAUAGAAACAAUAGUAACUGGGCACAAAAUUUAAUGAAUUACUUUCAAAGAGGAGGUCAAAAAACUAUUAGGCAAGUUGGUGACCCAAUACUUCGAGCACAUGCUAAACCAGUUGAGUUGGCUUAUUUAAUUGCUCCAGAGUUUAAAGAAAUGGUAGAUGAACUUGUUUCAACACUACGAAAAAAAAAUGCUGCUGGAAUUGCUGCUCCACAAAUUGGCGUCUCCUUGCAGGUGAUAGCUGCUGAAGUAACUGGGCACGAUUUGAAAUUAGCUAUACAAAAGUAUGGAAGUAAAGGAGUCACGAAAAUGCAAAUGACCCUCUUUCCAUUGACUGUUAUGAUUAAUCCAAAAAUUAAAGUUAUCGAUCCUACUACUGUAGCUUUUAAAGAAGGUUGUUUAAGCGUGGAAAAUUUUACUGCAGUUGUCCCAAGGUCGCAGGAAAUUGCUGUUGAGGCGUUGAAUGUAGAAGGAGAAACAAUUAAUUUCACUGCGGUUGGAUGGACUGCUCGUAUAAUUCAACAUGAAGUUGAUCAUUUGAAUGGUAACCUAUUUAUUGAUUGCAUGUCAUAUAAGACUUUAACAAAUGAAAAGUGGCGUUCAUACAAAUCAUGAUAUGUUACUACAUAUCCUACUUCUAUUCUAAAGGGUUUUAUAUUGAAUUUGUGUGGAAUACAAUUGUUGGUUAUCUUAGGUAAUCAGUACUAGUUAAUAGAUGAUACAUCAUGGUACCGGGUACAUUAUGGCAUAUAGUUUUCGAGUUCUGAUAUUUUUGUGCUAUUAUAUUUUCAAGCUUUAGGCAAGGAAAGUGAAGACAAAAAUAUUACAACAAGAAAAGUAUAUGCCAGAGGUUUUCUUGUGAUUAUCAUUAUCAUGAAUUGAUCGAUUGUUUAAUUUUGAAAAUUCAGAAUUAAAUGUUCUUAUAUGAAUUCCUUGUGGUCCUUUAUUCAGUUGUAUUUUUUCUUGCUAUUCAAACUCGUAAAACUUUCAUGCAGUCA